AUGGAUAGAGAACAAGAAGACAUGCAAUUCCUAGGCCUCCUUGGCAUCUACCUAGAGUCAUACAAGAUCAUCUUCAACUUCAGAAGAAUCUUCAGCAAGAUAACCCUAGCCUUCAUCCUCCCCCUCUCCCUCAUCCUCCUCACCACCAUCUGGGUAUCCGAGUUCCACCUCUCUAAGAUCAACGACAUGGUGUACAAUAGACACGGAUUCCGAAAGGGCACGUAUCGUUAUGCUGAGCUCUCCGCCAGCCUAUCCUCGGAAUGGGCUGCGUUAUGGCUCGUCAACUUUGUCUACUUAACCUUCUUCCUGGUUUUCGCCAUCCUCUCCUCCUCCGCCGUGGUCUACACCGUAGCCAGUGUCUUCACUGGCACUGGCCGUCAUGUGACGUUUGGAAAACUCAUGAGAGUGGUUCCCAAGGUCUCGAAAAGGUUCAUGGUGACUUUCUUGUGUGUUUUUCUGGCUAUCGUACUCUACAACGUGGUUUUGGUACCCACAAUCCUUUGGAGUGUCACCAUUAAGCAUGUUAACAUAGCUGGUUUAGUUUUUUUUAUUGCCAUCGUGAUCUUGUACGUCGUGGGGCUUGUUUACAUGACCGUGGUCUGGCAGCUGGCGGGCGUCGUAUCAGUGUUGGAAGACAUCAAAGGGAUCAAGGCCAUGAACAAGAGCAAAAACUUGAUACAGGGCAAGAUGUGGAUCGCCAUAAUUAUCUGGUUCAAGCUGAAUUUCGCUGUGUUCGGGAUACAAAUACUUUUCAAGAGCCAAGUCGUGCAUAAGGGGACGUUUGGCGUUGCAGGCAGGUUCGCAUUCGGAUUCCUGUGCUUGUUGAUGCUCUUCAGUGUGCUCUUGUUCGCACUCAUUAUCGAGACGGUGAUCUACUUCGUGUGCAAAUCGUACCACCGUGAGUACAUCAACAAGUUGUCACUGUCGGAUCAUAUUGAUGAGGCUUAUGUGGGCGAGUAUAUUCCUAUCAUGGCCAAGGAUGACCAGCUUGAAAAUUUCGAUGUACGAUAUUCAACUUUUUGUUUUUGUGUGAGAGACAAACCAAUAUGUGGUAGCUAG